AUGCAAACAGUGGUAUGUCGCGCCGAACUUCAGAAUCUUUCCAUUGUACCUCGACAGCCACUAAUUCUUGUGCCAGUGAACGAUGUAAAAAUUGCAGCAAUGUCGUCUAUGAUGAGUCCUAUUCCAAGCACCAGCAAAGGACCUCGACCAAUCCUGCCCCGCAGCAGUGCUCAGACUUUUACAGAAAAACCGGGAACAAGCGAAGGGUGGGCCACUGCCCGAAGUGAGCAGUUGAGGAAGAAGAUCGAGCAGCGGCCAUCCCGAGAACGUCUCCUCAACCAGCACAUUUUGCUAUCUGAUGGCCGUGUAGCGCCAUUGAUAGAACAACGGGCGCGUCUACUGCGACAAGAUCGUAUCCGCCGGAAUCUUAGUCGGAAACUAGAGGCGCGGCCCGGUCCUCUGGAACUGGUGACAAGGAAAAUCCUUCAGGUCGACGCUGAUCUGGAGCAAGCCAUCGAAGAAGGACGUGUUCUGUUUCAACCUACGAGCGAAUACGUUGAAGAAGAAGAAAGCGAGAUGCCAAGUCCACUAUCAACAGACAUGGAGAUUGUUUCUCAAGCAGCGAUUCGUAGUCAGAAUAAGCCUGUCAAUGUCCUUUCAAACAAAGGGAUCAUUCGGAAGAAAUCCACUCCUUAUAAGCAAUGUGAUCCAUUACCACUUCGAGCAAAAACAAAAGCGCCUGAUAGCAAAGAGGACGACGAGGUGACAGUAAUCGGAGAAGUAAGAUCUCCGGCUGAACAGACCGCGAGAAGUUCGGAGCAGAACAACUAUGAAUUACUAUUGCAACAGCAGAAGUUGUUCUUACAAUGGCAACAUAACGAUGAUAAUCCCACUCAGACAAAUGAUACCCAUAUGCAAAUGUAUGACGUCCAGGCAGCCAGCCCUGCGACGACAUCUCCCUGCAAUCAGGUAACCAUCCGACGGUUAAGCGACUACAAGGUUCAAGAGCUAAAAAAUGAGUGCAAGAAAAGACAACUACCUGUGUCCGGAGCUAAGCCGCAGCUUCUCGAGCGAUUACGUCCAUUUGAAAAGGCGAUUUUGGGUGCAUCACCGCCACCGACACCAGAACCCAUUCAGUUUACGAGUUCCAGCAACUCCAGCAGUAACAUCGCUACUAGCACACCAAGUAGUGUGCAAGAAGCGCAGCCACUCCUCCAGGAGGUCCAUGAACCAAUAAUGCAGACCGUUCAAAGUGCGCAUUGCCAAAUUCAAACGCCACCAGCACAGAUUCAACAACAAACCCAGGAGCAGAUAAGAACCACAGUGGGUGUACAUGAUUACCUUGGUCGACCGCUGGUGCUACAACUAUCGCCACAACUACUGCAGCUCACCGACUCGAAAGGAACGCCUGUAGGAGUGGCGUCGGUUCAGUAUAUUCCUGGAUCUGGACAUCCAGUCGUACUUUCCUAUCACAAUCGAACAGGAACACAAUCAGCUGCUGUUCAACCGAUCGCCUCCACCCCACCUGGCUCAGCAUCGCCAUCUAUUCACCAACGGAUUGCUCAUGUUGUCCCUAUAAAACAAGGUGCUAUCUCAGCACAUACUCAGCAGACAGUAAUUGCUAAUCUGCCGUCGCUUACUGGUCAACCAAGGGUUGUACAGACCACCCAAGUUGUUCAGAAGCAGAAUGACAACACUUUCAGAUUUGCUCAGAUGGGGUCUGGUGGACAGUUUACCGUUUCGCCUCCCUCUGAAAGAAGUCCAACGAAGGGAACACAACUGAUUAUGAAAGCAGGAGGGACGCAGCACACCAUAAUUGCCUCACCGAAACAUAGCAUAACAAGUAUAAUUGGUUUGAAUCAAGGUAGUGCUCAAAUGACGGCAAUGACUGCUACGACUCCGCAACAACCGUUGAUUGUAGCAUUCCAGCCCAAAACCUCCACCUAUCAGACGUCUCCUCCAAGUAACCCACAACAAAAUCCUCAACAAACUCCGAUUGCCCAGAACGGAUACGCUGGUGAUAGCAUGAACCCUUGCCUCCAGGACAGCCCUCGUACAGCCGACUUGGCAGGAGAUUCUCCUCAUAUGCCGAACAGCGGCCAGUCAGAGAUGAUAUCUGAGACUGGCGAUGGAACUAUUGACAAUCCAAUAACAUUCGAGGACCCUUCGUCAAUAUUAACCCCUGCUGCUUUGUCAAUGCAUGAGGAAAUGUUGCGAGCACAACAAAAAAGGAUUGAGAUGUUGUUAGAGGAACUUGCGAAGAGCCAGGGACACCUAAAGCAAGAACAACAGCUGAUCUUGGCAGCCAAGAAAGCACAGCAACGUAUCCGUGAACAACAGCGUGAGAAUGCAACAAACCGAGAGCGAGAGCAGUGGUUGAGAGAGCUUGAUGUCGGCCACAUAAAUAAGCAACACAUCCAACAUUUCCUACAGCAUAAGAAGCAACAGGCUGCUUUGCAGAGGCAUUCUAUGGAACAUAAUCGACUAACAACCACCGAAGCGAGACUACAGGAAGAACUUCACGUGGAGCAAGCUGUUCAAGAUAUUGUUCGAUUAAUCAAACAGGAUCCAAGAACUGCGCUAUUAAUCGUUCAACUCUUGAGAAGGUAUCAACUGGAGAGAAAUGCUGAACAACAACAAGCUAGCUCGCCUGAUACGGAGAAGGUGUCUCAAGCAAAUUCACCUGUCUCUGCUACCCAGGAAACUCUUGAGUCUGCCUACGAAAUACCAGCGCAUAACUUUGAACAACAAAAUCAGAAGUUGAAUAUCAUAGAAGAAGAUCGACAUCUUCAAUCCGUCAUCAUUUGCGAUGCUUCUGGAGUACAAAUGAAUAGCGAACAAACCGUUAUGUACAAUCAAAAUGGAAGGAUUUCUCAAGAAAACAAGCCUCAAACUAUUGAUAUGGAAGAGAUUUUCAAAAGCGUGCUUGAGGAUGCAUCUCGAGCAAUGGGAAACGGUUCCGGUGCUGUUCAGAGUGUAGACUGUUCUAUGACCAACAAUGCCCAGCAGUCCCAGCAAACAAUGGUGGUAUGCCAUCAGCAGUGGCAACAGCCAAUGCAACUGUCCGAAAUGGAAAUUGAAGGCACAGUUCCCCAAAUUAGCGCAAAUCCAUCUCAACAAUCCAUAAGUAAUACCACCAUGUCACCGAAUGUGAACAUUGUACAGCCAGCUCAAAUGAUAAUGAACAACCCACACAGCUAUGAACAGCGUCCACCUCACAACGUUUAUUCACAAGACAUCGAUGACUUGAUGGCAGUGCUCAGAGAUGAUCAAGAUGGUGCCAGUAAGUCAGGGUCAUUUCAAAUGGAUCUCGGCGUUGGGUAUGGUAGUGAAGAGUUGGCUGAUCUUCUCGGUGACGAUUGGCUGGAUUGUGCUGAUCGCAAUAUUGCCCACAAUGGACAAUAUGCUCCAUACAGUGGUGAAGCUCAUGACAGCGUCGGUGGCCGUAGCACGGAUCCAAUGUGUAUGCCCGCUCAUGUGGAAGAAGGUGUUGGAGAACAGAAUAUGGACUGGUUGGAUGUGAUGCUGCAGAAUACACCAAUCGAGCAGCGACCAUACGGGAGCAGCUGA